GCGGAGUAUUUGUUGGCAGCGGCUGUGUUGGUACAGUGAACUGCUGGUGCUGAUGCGGAGGAAGUAACGGUGCGUUGAGUUCAUGAGCACUGGACGGGAAAUGGAAAGAUAAGAGUCGUUUUUCAAAGACACGUUAACGGUGACCACGGAGUGCACCGCUUUCUCAGAAACCCGUCAUAUCACCUUUAUUUGGACUUUGACGGGAAGAAACCACAGCAAGCUAGCACCUGGCUAGGAAGGCUAGCUAACGUUAGCUAGCGACGUUCGGCGUAGCUGACGCUCAGCUGCCGACACAGUGCAGCUUUAUUUUUAUUUGUUUUAAAGAGUCAAACAGUGAUACGUUGAUCAGAGAAGUGUCUGCCCGUCGUCUGAAGUUUGGCCGAAUUAUUUUUCGAACACCAGGAGGUUUGCAGUCGACUUUGAGACGAUGAGCUAAAAUCGAUGCUUGGAUUCAAACCAGCGCAGAUCGAACAACUGCUAAGAUGAGUCAACUCUGGCCGCGAGACAUACCCCUGUCAGAGAGGUUGGGGAAUAACUCUCCAGCCGGCCUCGCCCCGGCGUCCCCAGCCACUGUGGCACCACAGGGAUCCAACUCCACUUUGGUACCAGAAGCCCCACUCGUCACACCAGAAGAGCCAUUUUUCCUCAUGACCUCGACAGCCCAAACUAUAUCAGGAUUUUUUGUUUGGACAGCUGUUCUAAUCACAUGUCACCAGAUCUACAUGCACCUGCGUUACUACAGCUCUCCAAAUGAACAGAGGCACAUAGUGAGGAUCCUCUUCAUAGUCCCCAUCUUUGCCUUUGACUCUUGGCUCAGUCUUCUUUUCUUCACCAAUGAGGAGUAUUAUGUGUACUUUGACACAGUCCGAGACUGCUACGAGGCCUUUGUCAUCUACAACUUCCUGAGUCUGUGUUAUGAGUAUCUGGGAGGAGAGAGUGCCAUCAUGGCUGAGAUCCGAGGGAAACCCAUCGAGUCAAGCUGCAUGUAUGGGACCUGUUGUCUGUGGGGAAAGACUUACUCCAUUGGUUUCCUCAGGUUUUGCAAACAGGCAACUCUCCAGUUCUGUGUUGUGAAACCCUUGAUGGCGGUGAUCACUGUCAUUCUUCAAGCCUUUGGGAAAUACAAAGAUGGAGACUUCAAUGUGGCGAGUGGCUACCUGUACGCCACCAUUAUCUACAACAUCUCGGUCAGCCUGUCGCUCUACGCUCUCUUCCUCUUCUACUUUGCCACGCGUGAGCUGCUUGUCCCAUACAGCCCUGUGCUCAAGUUCUUCAUGGUCAAAUCAGUCAUCUUUCUCUCCUUUUGGCAAGGGAUGCUGCUGGCCAUCCUGGAGAAGUGCGGUGCCAUCCCUCGGAUCAACUCUGCCGAUUUCUCAGUGGGCGAGGGAACAGUUGCUGCUGGUUACCAAAACUUUAUCAUCUGCAUUGAGAUGUUCUUUGCUGCUGUUGCGUUGCGCCAUGCCUUUACUUACAAAGUCUACAUGGAUAAAAGGCUGGACUCAUAUGGCUCAUUUCCUAUCUAUGGACAGUACGGUCGCUGUGCCCCAAUGAAGAGCAUCUCCAGCAGCCUGAAGGAAACCAUGAAUCCUGGUGACAUGGUCCAGGACGCCAUCCAUAACUUCUCCCCAGCUUAUCAGCAGUACACCCAGCAGUCCACAUUGGAGCGUAGUGGGGGGCCAGCCCUCUCCCGCAGCCACAGUAACCUCAGCACCCGCGGUGACAAUGAAAAGACGCUGCUGCUCAGCUCAGACGACGAGUUCUGAGACUCAAACUCACAUGGUCACUUUACCCUCGUAGCCCAUUUAAAUUUUUAGGAGGUACAUGAGACAAAUCUGAUCUUUCGUUUCAACCUGAACAUGGAAGAUCAGAUUCUGCAUUCUUUAUCAUAUUAAGAGAGCAAUGAAAGAUCAGAUUCAUGUCAGUCUUGUGAAAUUGUGGUUAGCAGACUACUGGAAGGAAAGGAAUAAAAGGAAAUAACGGGAGGGAGCAUGGUGAGGGACGGGCAAGUAAGGGGGAGAAAAGUUGGGAAUAUUUGUGUUGGUGUCAUAGAGGCCAUUACUGACAGAAAUGCUGUAUCUACAUUUAUCCGUUGAAUAUAGAUCAGUACAAAUAAUCAUGCCUGUGUAUAGCAUCCUUAUGCUAGACUUCAGACUCCAUGGCAAAAAAAACAUGUCAGAUAUAAGGGGUUUGCAAGAGAACUUAAGUGCCAUCCUCAUCUGAAAAACAUGGCCUCUUCCUUUCUUUGGUUUUUAUAUUGAUGCUUAAUGUAUUCUCCCCCUCAGCCCUCUGCCAGCUCUGCCUCUCACUGAAACAUUGCCAAAUAGAGGGAGCAGUGCCCUGCACUUCAGUCAGUGAGACACAAUGUCUUAAGAUAUAGACGUGAUUUAUAGUCAAGAAAACCAAGGAGCCUUUGAAUUGCAGUGCUUCGUUUUAAUAUAUAAUUAUUGAAUCACAAAUGUCUUUUAUUCAAAUGGUGUAUGACCUUGAAGGUCUUGGAAGAAAUGUUGUAAUUAUUAUUUGUAUGUUUUGAUUCUCUUGUGGGUUCAUAUGAACAAGUGAAUCAAACGUGUAUUAGUAUGGCCGCAGCUGUUGGCCCCAUUUGGGGCGAACAAUGUUAUUGUUUGUGGAGCACCGAGGGAACAGCUGUAGGAGAGAUUUUAGCGUGGGCAUAGGGACUGGCGGAAGCACAACACCCACACAGAUUACAGAUUACUGAAGAAGCAACACUUCCCGCAGAGCCGGCCCAGCUGUGAUGUGCUGUGGAUUAUAUUCCCUAAUUAAGGGCAUUACAGGCAGCACAGAUCAGGCCUGCCUCUGCUGGUACCGCUUAUGAUGGCAACACUGUUAUAGAUGUAGGAAGUGAGUCAGGACGUUGGUCACUACAGACCGAUACUGACAUAUGAAGACAUUACACUUGACUUAACUUGGAUCCUGAAUAGGAUUAUAUGGGCAGUAAAGGUUGGUAUGCAAGAUGACAAUGUUUGGGUACAGAUAAAAAAAUCUAUAUAUUAAGGGGACACUAGAAGAAAACAUUGAUGCACUCUCAAUGUGUGUCAACAGUUUUUAGUUUGAAAGCAGAAUCCAAAAGGAUUGACUUGGGGUACUCACUACAGGUAAACAUGUAGUAAAAUACAAUCAUUGUGAGUAAAGAAUGUAGUCAGGAUGAACAACUUGUAGCCAAAAUGGAUGUACAUCCUCAACAGUGCACAAUCAAAUACAUAACAAUAUAAUAGUAUGCCAUUGUAAUGGAAGCGUUUGAACUGUGAAAGUCACUACUGGUGGAUACUAAAGUUGGUUUCUGGCUGUGACUGCUGACCCAUAUGCCUUCCAAGCACCUUCUGUUCUCUGAUUAAUGCAUUCACAUUCACAUCUGUCCACUGAGCCUGUAGUCAUUGAGUUAAAGGCAAAGUCAGUUUAUUCUAUUAAUUUAACAUUAACUCAAUGAUAUUGAAAAAGUGAAAUUCACUGUCUUGUGCUGUUUCGUUGGUCCAACUGUAACAUCUUUAUUCAAAACCCUAUCAGAUGAAAGUUUUGAUACUAUUUGAUUUUAAAAGCUGAAUGUAUAAAGCUGAAUAUAUUAAACCAGGUAAUUUUAUUCCAGAAAGGAAAGAAUGUUGUAAAUAGAGUUAAAACUAAGAAAACAUUUAUAAUGAUGACUGAGAGGCUUUGUCUGGUAUAGUGCAUUGUUGUAGUAUUUUUGAGUUUUUAAUAUUCUAAUUUUCAUAUAUUAUUCUGUAUUAUUUCUAUUGUAUACUUUUUAAUUUGUAUAUUGGUAAAGUUUUCUCAUGUUUUGAUGCGAUAUCGGUUUCUGUUGGUGUUGAAGAGCAAAUAAAAGACGAAUGAAAACAAGAA